ACCUACCGUUACCAGCUGCAGUUAUAUACUAAGGUAGCAAAUGGUGUGAUACAAGGUAGUAACUACUACGUCCUUUUUUUAAAGAGUGCUAUAGAAUGGGAGCAGCCAGCAUUUCUCAUCUCAAUUUUUCUAGGUCAUUACAACAGCGCCGCCUUGUCUGGCUCACGGAAUUAUAGAGGAGAGCAGGCUUCUCAUUACAUAGGGUCUGCGGUAGGUGCGAAUACGUCUUCAAGCGAUGGCACCAGAGGAAACAUGAACAAAGAAAAGAGAAAGCAGCUGUUGGCGCCCAAUCAGCAGACGAACAUCAAGAAUUCCCAACCGCAGAAGGGAACUUCAUACGUUAAUAAGAGAUCGACGAAGGCGUUCGCGUCCAAAGCACAAAAAUUGACGACGACCAGUACCAGAGCAACUUUUGUCUACGUUGGCAACCAACAGUUCGAUAGACCAGCUAAGUCUCUAACGACGAGCCCAAAUACGACUGUUUCCUUAGGCUAUGAAGGCGACGAAGCACGUGAUUAUAAGUAUAGCCAUCAGUCAGGCAGCAAGCUGACUACAGUCAGUGCUUUGAACAGCAAAAAGCACCAUAGCGGAAAGGAGAUCCCAGGCGAAGGGUCCAAAGAGGCCAGGAAUAAUUCAAGUUCGACGAGUACCGGCAUUAAUUCCGCCUCCAAGAGGUACGCAACAAAUAAUACUGAACGCAUCAAGCAGAGUGUCACAGCAAACGGGAAAUCAAAGGUGGUGGGAUCAUUUAUAAGCAAAGGAAACAAAAGAGUGGAAACUUAUCCUAAGGAAGUACACCACGGCAGAAGGAACAGUUCAAGCUCAGAUAACUUCGCUGGAAGCAGCAAUAAUGGAAGCAUAUUUCUGUCAUCCAGCUCAAACAGCACAGGCAGAAACAGAACUGGUAGUUUUAAGGUGAAGCGCACAGCAGGGAAGACAUCAACAGAAGCCGUCACACCGAAGAUAUAUCCUGGUAAAAUUGAAGACAUGUCUGUAAGAGGAACAACCCAGGCUGCAAGAAAACAUUUAGGCUCGAGGUUCACAAUAGGCAGCACAUCCACGUUGUCUGACUUCCAAAGUUCGAAAACGACUCUAAAUAACGUUUACAAGCGAAAUCAUACCACGAGUUCGAAACUGGUCAUACCCCAGACUUCGAAAAGCGACGGCCGUAAAUCAAUGAAGAAGUUGGUCAAUGAAGUAUCCCAGCACGCACGAGAAAAUUCGGGCUCUCAAAACAUCACAGGCAGUGCGAAUACAGAGCAUGGGUCGCGAUUGAAAACAAGUGAGAGCGGGAUUGUAUUAGCGCAUCGGCCGAACGCCAAUCGAAGAGUUGUAUCCUCGAACUACAAAAGCAGCGAUGCAAAACACAAGCUUAAUACAGUAGCCAAGACGACAGUCAGCAUGAGUGCAGCGGCAGCAAAUGCCUUACUCGGGCUAAAACAGACGGAGACCAAGGCGUCCGCUGAGCGUGGCACUCGGCAAUCCACCGUUUCUUCUUCGAAAGGUGGAAGUCACGUUCGGAGUCAUGCAUUCGGUACAUCGAGUGGAGGCUAUUUGUCUGGCCUGGUUGAUCACAACGGCAGCAGCAGUAGGCAAGUGGGCCACAACACUAGCGCCGGAGUUAUAACAGACAUCGGCUCAACAAGACACCGCACUUAUCUCGCUUACAACAGAAGCUCAUGGUUCGGCUUGGGCGGCGCGCUUGUGGACAACAGAUCCAAGCGCUCGCGGAACCGAUAUCUCGUUGGUUCCCGAAAACGUCGGAAAAAAGGGCGCGCCAUCUUUAGAGUGCGGAGAAUUCGCCGCAGGAGAAGGAAACGUAGAGGAAGGCGUAAAAUUGCCGCGCAACCUCAAGUUGAGAUCACCAGAGCCCAUGAUAAAGAACAAGCUUCAAGUCGCGAAAAACUUGUUGCUGGCGUGCAGAUUAGGCCGAUAAAGACAAGCAGCCCCGUCAAACAAGCGCUCCAGACGCGGCAGCACAACGCCCGUUCGCAUGCUGCAGAGUUGUCUGCGGUCACGUCCUAUGUAAACCGAUCCAGGCUCCAAGCUCACAAACCACCCAAAACCACAGCACCUGCCGUACUGCCACUGGAGCCACCAAACGCACGUAAGCCCGAGGCUAGCGUGGCCGAAAGGAUCACUACUCCGAGGAAGCGGCCGAAAGAGUUAGAAACCCACCGUCCGCAAAACGAAAACACUUACGCGCUGCGGCAGAAAAACCUGGAAACCCAGGAAGUGCAUUCUCAUAAAGUGACCUCCGCACAGCGCAAGAGACCUCACCUCCAAAUUCCACCUGAUGGGAGUGCUCCUGCGAUGCUGCCUAACAGGAACAAAGCGAAGCAAUCACGCGCCAACGAGGGACCUGACUUAGUUCGUCGGCACAGGAAACGGCAUCACGCACAUCGCCUACCCCGUUGUCGCCGCAGUCCCGCAGCGCUAACAGGCGAAGCAGGGAACUUUGUCGGUGGCGGCCUCAUGUGGUUCCCGGCGGCAUCAUGUGUGGCUUCUGGCCUGGAUUGGAACUCGGUGCACAGCACCGCCUGCCUGCACCAGCAAAUCGCAUUCGUGCAUAGGUACAAGGUACUUGCCCCAGCCUUUCCUUCUGUAAACGACAGCUACACGCCGGAAUAUUGUGGGUCCUACGUUCCAUGGAGACAUGUCACGCCUGAUCCUGUUACCGAGUAAGUUGUUAUAAUUGCUUGUGUUAUCCUAAAGAUUGAUAUGGCAGUGU